AUGGCUACUUUUGCGGAGUUGCAGACCAAGAUCCAAGCGGUGCAGACAUUCUUGGAUUCCCAGAAGCCCGACCUCGACGAGAAGCAGUUCCUUUCAGUGAAGGCGACACAACUCGCCCAGGUCAUGCAAGACAUCGUGGCGUUUACCACCCUCACUGCUGAGCAAGCGACUUCUCUCAGCACCGUCUUGCGGGCCGGACCGUGGUCUGUCGAAGACCGUGCGGCGGUGGCUGGCACCAUGAGUAACAUCAUCGCCCACAACCCCACGAGAUCAAUAGUCCGCCGUCCCAACCAAGACGUCGCAUGCUUCUCGACUUUUUUGAGCCGGCAAGACAUCGAGAUCCUAAAAGACGCCUCUUGCAGCUUGCACUGCAAAGCUGACCAGAUCGCUACAAGACUGGUCAGAAUUCAAUUAUGGCUCCCGUCAGAGCAGGCAUGGGCGGAAGUGAUCAAAACCGCGAAGGCGGCUGGCCUCACGUUCGAGGGCGCCAGGGGCCAGUACGACUUCUUGCUCUUGGUCAAGAAGCACUUGAAGGCAAAGAGCAAACGACUACCGAAAAUCCCCUUGCCGACUCCGUUCCCGUCGACUUGGCAGGCACUGGUUCUGAGCCCAUCCAUUUUGGACGUCCGAACGUUCCAACAGGACCUCCCGCAGGCCGUCAGGGAGGAAGCCUAUUCAGAGGCCGACCCGCCCGUGGUUGUGGAAUCAGCUUUGAUCUUGCGGCAAGACGCCGUGGUCCGCAAAAGCUCCCUCGAACUGCGGUCCGAAGGCAGCGGCAUGGAGAUGCAAGUGUCCAAGAGGGCUAAGGCCAGCAUGACUGCGUCCGGGCAGCAGCAAGACGUCUUCGGGAACAUGGCGCAGCAGGUCGCAACCCAACUGGCCAGCGUCAUGAUGACCAUGUUUCAAGGGUCCGGAGCUUCGGGAUCGCAAGGCUCUGGGGACAUUCCAGGCUUCCAGAUGCUAAAACCACCGAAAUCCAAGGAUGAAAAGAAGGAUGGCAUUCUUCUGACCGGUGCACAUUUGCAGUCCCAUGACACACCUGACAAGAACCGUCAGAUGGAGAUGACAGGGCCAGACUCCCAGGAGCUGCCGCAGGCAGAUGAGACGCGGCAGCACCCGCAGCAGUCGCCGCAGACGCAGCGGGCUCUGCAGGCGACUUUCGAGAUGCCAGACACAUCUGUUCCGACGAACAAGAUCCCCGAGAACAGCCCCAUGGACGUGCUGCAUGCUGCCACGGUCGUCGAAAAUGCCGUGACUAACCGCCAGGACGGUGUCAGGAUGAAGGAGGACGAGGAGCCGCCCCAGGACAAGACUGUGAUGAAGAAGCCUGCCGCUGCUAAGGCAAAGGCGAAGUCUCAGCCCAAGUCAAAGGCGAAGGCGAAGCCUGAGCCCAAGUCAAUGGCGAAGUCGAAGGCGAAGGCGACGGCAUCUCCCAAGUCUGAGGCCCAGGGGAAGCUCAUUACCACCGGCCCAAACAAAGGCUGGAGGGUCCAGGUACGAACCCGCGGUGGCGGCGAAAGCGCUGGCCAGACGGACAAGUAUUAUUAUUCUCCUGAUGGCGGGCGAUUCCGCUCGCGGGGCGAAGCCCAGAAGCAUGGCUGGAUUAUACUGGAACUUUUGCCCGAAGAGGAUGAUGAAGCCGCUCCCUCGAGGUCCACAUUGAAGCGGAAGCGGGACCUGAAGCUCAAUCUGAGCACGCCGUAUGGGCCGCUUUGGAGAGAGCUCACGGGCUUCGAAAUGGCACAGGGGCCACCACUCAAAGUGACUUACUUGGACCCUGUAGCUUUGCUGUGGAGUGCCUGCCAGCAGGGAGGUGGAUUCCAGAACUUCCUGCAAACCCGCGCCGCGAGAUGCCCCUGCAGCCCCGCCCACCCAUGGGACUUGUGCCUCUACGUUGAUGAAGUGUCCCCGGGCAACCAACUGAAGCCACUGAAUGAGCGCAAGCUCCAGGUGGUGUACUUCUCUUUAAAGCAGUUGGGGGGGCUGGCACUGAGCAAAGAGGACGCAUGGUUCGUGCUAACUGCAGUACGUUCCAUCGACGUCAAGCGUCUCAGCAACGGCAUGACACAACUGAUGAAGAGGAUCUUUGCCAUCUUCCUCCUGGAGCGGCGAGAGAAGAUGCUACACGGCAUCAGCCUGCCUAUGCCCAAUUCGCAGCACUGGAUGCUGUGUCUCUUGAUCGCUGACGAGGCCGCCCUGAAAAGCGUCUGGGAGGACAAAGGGGCCUCUGGCACAAAACUGUGUUUUAUGUGCCAGAACGUCGUCGCCCACUCUUCAAGCCUGCACAGCUGUGAUGCCACAGGCACGCUAGUCAGCCACGUCUGCCACAACAAGGGGCAGAUGGUUAGGCACACCGACGAAACCAUUCUGGAAGCUGCUGUGCACUUGGCUGACAACAAGCCAAGAAUGAACAAGGGUGAAUUUAAGAUGCGCCAAUUUGCCCUGGGGCUCAACUAUGCCGAGCAUGGCCCUCUGUUCUCAGCAGAGCUGCGGCCACACCUGAAACCGAUUGCCGUCAGCAUGUACGACUGGAUGCACAAUUUCGUCGUGGGAGGAAUUUUUCAGGUUGAAAUGACGGAGCUGCUAAAAGUCCUCCGGAGCCAGGGCAUCCCACAGACCGAGCUGCACCGCUUCCUGAGUGACUGCAACUGGCCGUCGGCCGUUGGCGACAAAGGUGCUUCUGCAAAAAAGGUUUUCGCAAAGACAUUGACCGAGUUCAAGUCGGGGGCGUCGGAAUGCAUGGCUCUCUACCCCGCCAUGAGAGCUUUUCUUCAAGAGAAGCUGCCACUGAUCCGGGACAAUGAUGCCAAGGAGUGCUGUCGUUGCUUCUUCAUUCUUUGUGAGGUGUUGGACCAACUCUAUAAGACGGCGACACCGGGGGACGUUGCGAACCUGGCGACAACCCUGGAACACAAAGUAUCGUCCCACCUUGAACUUUUCAAGGCUUGCUAUGGGGAAGACUACGUUCUCCCCAAGCAUCAUAUGAACAUGCACUUGGGCGACCUCCUCCGAAGACACUCUGUGCUCCUCUCAUGUUUUGUACAUGAGAGGAGGCAUAAGGAGAUAAAGAGAUACGCAAACAACUUGGACAGCAUGCAGACAGGCUCGGAGAAACACGUCCUUCAACUGGAGUUGGAACAACACCUCAAGGACCUCAAGGAGUUCUCCGAAAAAAGAGCUGGACUGAUCAACGGUAAAGCUGCUCCCGAGUUGGUGCAAUCGGCCUUUUCCUCUUUCUUCGGCUUGCCCGCCUGCGCUGGACUCCAGGUUAGCAUGAAAUGCUAUGUUGGCAGUGGCCGCCUCUGCAAGAGGGAGGACGUGGUGGUCGUCAGUGAGCCCAAUGGCGACGAGGUGGCACAGGUCUGGUUUCACGUUGUUUUCAACGGAAACCAUUAUACCUGCAUGUCUGUGUGGCGCGCUUUGGGACGCAAUCGCUUUGACAUAUGCCAGGAGCCUGUUUUCAGACCGACAGCUCACAUCUCCCGCCUUUGCAUGUUCAAGAAGGAAGGUGACCGCGCUUUGGUCAUACCUUUGAGCAUGCCCAUGUAA